AUGUGGCCCUUCCCUGACUAUCCCCUCACCCUCGCCGGCCGCGACAUUCCCCGAGGGACAUACGUGUACGAUCACAAGGCCUCCUGGUGGCCCGACCCAACGUUCUAUGCCAUCGUCGUCGGCUCAGCCAUUGCCUCUGGCGUUCUUCGUUCUGUGCUGCGCAAGCAGGUCAUUGACCGAAUGCAGGUCGAAAAGUCUGCCCAAAAGCUCGAGGAGUCCGUGAUGCAGGUCCUCUUCUACACCUUCGCCUGGACUUUCAACACCAUGUUCCUGGUCAAGCAGGACUGGUUCUGGUUUCCCAUCCUCACCUUCCUUGAGGGCUUCCCGAAUCAGACCAUCGAGUACCGCCCCUCCCUUCUCUCCACCAUGUCCAGCCAGCCACCCGCACUCACACUGCUGCUGCUGCACAAUAGUCCGGAGAUAUUUUGGUUCUACGGCAUCCAGACGGGCUGGUAUGUGUACUGCAGCUACGCCCACGUGUUCCAGGACUCGCGCAAGUCCGACUAUUGGAUCAUGAUUGUGCACCACGCCGUCACCCUCACCCUCCUCUACGCCGCAUUCGUCACGGGCUACUUCCGCAUCGGAAUGCUCGUCAUGUUCUCCAUGGACAUCUGCGACAUCUUCGUGUUUUCGGCCAAGACACUCAAGACCCUGGAUCGGGACUCCACGAUCCAUCCGGCGUUCUACCUGGCCGUCUAUGCCACCCUGCCCACCGUUUGGGUCGCCUUCAGGUUGCUGUACUUCCCGUACGUGGUGCUGCACACGACCGUGGUGGGCACCAUCAAGGUCUUUGGCUGGGAGGGCAUCAAGGGCUGGGUCCCCUACAACGCGCUGCUGCUCAUUCUCUUCGCCCUCAAUAUUUUCUGGUUCUACCAGAUCGUGCGAAUCGGUAUCCUAUCCCUGCGCAACGGCACCCAGUCCAUGGACGACAUCCGGGAGAAGGCCAGGAACAGCCCACCGGCCACCGCCGCCCUCAAGCACCACCAGCAGCAGGACCAGCAGGUGCUGCCGCCACAGAAGGAGCCCCUGUCUCCGGCCCUCGCCACCACCUCCAAGCGUGCCGCCGCUGCCGCCAGGGGCAAGGCCAAGGCCUCCUGA